AUGGAUGACCAUCAGGACAAGAUCGCCACUUUAGCCGACGGGAGAAAGGUUUCAUAUGCUGUCUAUGGAGCCCAGGAUGACGAUGCACCCACUUUCUUCUAUCUCCACGGUUUUCCGGGGUCUCAUCACGAGGGUUACGUGAUUAGCAGCGCUGCAUCUCGGCAUGGCGUACGCGUCAUUGCGCCGACGCGCCCAGGGUACGGCGACUCGACAUUUCAGAAGAACAGAAAAAUACUCGACUAUCCCAAAGACGUCAUAGAGUUAGCAGAUAUCCUGUCUAUCAAAAGAUUCGCUGUCUUAGGCGUCUCUGGUGGUGGGCCCUAUGCCAUCGCUUGUCUCAAGGACCUUCCGUCAGAUCGUCUGGUAGGCAUCGGUACCGUCGCUGGCGUCAUGCCAAUGUCUUUCUCGACGCAAGGAAUGCUUACAAUGACACGACUCAUGUUCAACGUGGCGCCACACGCUACAAAAAUCUUGGGUUGGAUCACCGAUAGAGUGCUGGGCAACACUGCGAGAGACACCAAACACCCAGAGAAGUUGGAAGAAAUGAUGGAUAAAGACAUAAGUGCCAGAUCAGCAAGCGACAAAGAAGUUUGGGAGACUCAUCCAGACUUUAGAAAGUCCCUGAGGAGAGCUACGAGAGAGGCGAUGAAGCAGGGCGGCUAUGCAACUGCGUGGGAAGCACGAUUAUUUGGUAGUGAUUGGGGGUUUAAGCUGGAGGACGUCAAGGUUGAGAAGGGAAAGAUGAUAAUGUGGCAUGGAGAUUUGGAUGUAAAUGUUCCGAUUGGGGUGUCUGAGAAGGCUGUUCAGCUUAUGCCUGGUGCAGAGCUUAGAGUCAUGAAGGGGGAGAGCCACAUGAGUCUAAUGACCAAGGCGGAUGAGUUCACAUUGGCUAUGAAGGAUAUGCUAUUGAGAUGA